CAUUGCAGCGUUAGUGAAGCUCGAUGCGUGAAAAAAACUGUAAUUCAUUCCACGAACAUAAGUGUGCUCGACAAGUGGGUAUAUAAACGCCUCAGUUGGCGCAAUCUAAUUCUUUUUCAUAGUGAUUUCAUUGCGCGUCAUGGAUUCGACACAGGUGCAACCUUCGACGACUGAAACCUUCUCUGGACUCUCAGAGAACAGACAAUUGAAGCGCGUGAUGCUUCUGGACCGCAUCGAUCCAGGUGACGUUUUCUUUCAAAAAAUUCUGCGCCUGGGAAUGUGUGACGAUACGAUCCAGGAUGUGCAGUUGGUAGAGAAAAGAGCAGCGGUGAAAAAAGGGGAUAAUUACCUGAGUUACUUAACAAGAUUUACUCUCAAAUACAUUUGUAAUGUACCCAAGGGGCUUUAUCACGAAGUAGAGCACAAUGUUGCACAUCUAAUCAUAAAAGAGGAGCCAGAUUCUAAUGGAAUGACCUUGGAAUAUGUCCGAGAAACCAAUAUCUUUGAUACCGAACGACUCAUGUUAGAAGAAAUUGUGCCUAAGAUCGAAAAGCUGAUUGGAAAACGGUUGAGCCCUAAAGCUUAUUACUCUUCAAAUGAGCCGAAUAUUAUUGUUAUGGAAGAUUUAGUUUCUCUUGGGUUUCAGAAUAAGAAUCGUAAAGUAGGCUUAAACAAAAAACAGAUGUUCAUGAUACUGGAAAAUAUCGCGGAUUUUCAUGCAGCAUCGGUUUUAUUAAAUGAACAGAAUCCUGGGUGCGUGUCACGAUUUGCAAGCGGCUUCAUCAAUUCCAAGACACCGGUUGCGUUCUUUACAUUUAUAUCGAAUGGUUUGGAAUCUAUUGGAAACAGUGUUCGUAAUUGGCCGGGCGAAAAAUUUGUCUCAAUAUCUAAUAAGCUAAUAAAUAAAUCGAGAGAAAUUAUUCAAAAACUUUUCAUAGUCUACCAAUGCGAUGCAGACGAACUUCAAGUUUUGAAUCACGGAGAUCUGUGGGUCAAUAACAUCAUGUUCAAAGACGAUGGAAAUGGAGAACCCCAAGAGGUUCGCUUUGUGGACUAUCAAAUGUGCAUUUGGUCUUCUCCUGCGAUCGACCUGCUCUAUUUUCUUGGCAUCGUCCCCGAAACAAGUAUAAAAAUGACCAACGACGAAAUAUUUUUACAAUGUUACUUGAACCGUUUCGCGAGCACAAUGCAAACAUUAGGCUGUUGUGCAAAGUCCCCCACCCUAGAACAAUUGAAAAGAUCAAUGUUCAAACGACGAGACUACACGCUCAUGGCGGCACUAACAUUCUACCCCAAAAUGAUAGCAGACGAUGACGAGGUUGAAGACGUAGAUGACAUACUUGAGAGAGGGGAAUCGACAACAGAUCUUCUGAAGAAUCCAACGGCCCGAGAAACGAUAGCAAAGAUUCUUCCAAUAUUAGAUGAGAGGGGUUAUUUGGAUUGAAUUGAUUUGAUCGAAUAGUAGAUGAUGUAACAUGAUAUUUUAUCGUCUACAGAUGCAUGCUAUAGUAUAUUGUGCAAUAAGGGCGGAAAGAUAUAUUUUUCCCGUCCGAGGUGUACAUGCUAUUUUUAACACAGCCCCAAAGAAAAGUUUGGAUUUUGCUUUCUGAUGAGUGCGAGGAAAGUGAAUAGUUUCCACUCAAGGCUGGAAAGUUGUUCCCGAUGGCGGAAAGUAAUCGCUCUUUUCCAUCUGAGAGAGCAACUUUCCACCCUACGGCGGAAAGUUCUCACUUUGCUCCUCCUUAUCAGGGAACAAAGUAUAAACUUUGCAUGCAGGUGUGUAAAAAUAGUAUAUUUCGUAACGAGUGCAAAAAACAUUUUUUCACGAGUUACGAACAAUAUUUUUCAUCACGC